CCCUCCAGCUCAACUCCAUUCACUAUGAUGCUCGACUCGUAACAAGAAGCUCCCUCGCGCCCGACAUCCGUUAUAAGGGGAAAACUCAAUGAAAUUCAAGGCAUCUUCUUGACCAAAUAAAAAAAAAAAAAAAAAAAAAAAAAGCAUAUAUAUACAUAUAUUACGUUCUCGGACUGCUACAGACUUUAUUUGAGGAACGGAAAUCACAGAGUAAAUCGCUUGGAUCGCAUGUAUAUGUCAUUGGUUUAACAAGUACCUUUAUUUUUCAGUGAGAGAUCAUGGAGCGCGACUCUACCGCGGGAGGGGCAGAGGAUCUACUCCUGGAAGACAAAGUUUCAAAACUGCGCGCAGGAUCAAUUCAUAAACAUGAACUAGCCGAGGCCAUGGAAGUGGAACAGGAAGGACUGGUAGAACAUCAGCCUCUGGAGCAGGAUGACCUCAACUUUGAGAAAUGGAAGCCCAAGCCAAAGCCCAAGAGGACACUGCAUGAGAAAAUCGAUGACGUAAAGACAUACCUGUGGAACUCAGAGACUAAGGAGUUUAUGGGUCGCUCAGGGAAGAGUUGGAGCCUUAUUCUGCUCUUUUACUCUGCAUUAUACAUUUUCCUGGCAGCCAUGUUUGCUGGCUGUAUGUGCUGCCUGAUGUGGUCAAUUAGCCCCUAUGCUCCUACCUACAAUGACAGGGUGAUGCCACCAGGUAUGACAAUGUCCCCUCAUGUAGAUGUAGCUCAUGGGUUUGACAUUGCUUUUAACGCCUCUGACCGCAGCUCAUGGAAGAAGUAUGCAAAAUCACUGGAAGCCCAUCUGAAAUCCUAUGACGAUACAGUUCAGGAAAGGCGCAACAUUGUAUGCGAAAGAAAUACUUAUUUCAUGCAGGAUGACUUGGAGGAGAGUGCAGAGCGAAAGGCAUGUCAGUUUAAGAGGUCCUGGCUGGGGGAGUGCUCCGGCCUGCAGGACCGAGAUUUUGGCUACUCAAAGGGAAAACCCUGCAUCAUCCUUAAAAUGAAUCGGAUUCUUGGGUACCUGCCUGGUCAAGGCACUUCAGUAAAUGUUACAUGUGGAGUAAAGAAAGGGUCCACUGAAGGCCUCGGAGAAGUCGAGUUCUUUCCAAAAAAUAUUUUUAACUUGCGUUAUUACCCUUACUAUGGGAAACUGAGACACGUAAACUACUCUUCACCACUAGUGGCUGUGCGCUUCGCUAGAGUCCAGUAUGACACCCAACUACAUGUUCAAUGCAAACUAAAUGGCAAGGGCAUCAUCAACGACUCCCCAACUGACCGUUUCCUGGGUAGUGUGUCUUUCACUUUAGAAGUGGGUGCAUAGGAUUGUAGUAGACAUAGAGAAAUUGAUAUUACAAAUUCUCAGAGUAUUUUAUCAUAAAUGAAAUAGUCCAGUGUGCUGUCUUUUCCCAUUUUCCGUCUGAUUAUUCUUCCGGCAGCCAUUGCGCUAUUCAUGUCUGCGAGCUGCAUUAAUACAAUAUACUUCCUUUUCAAACAAAGAAUUUCCCAGUAAGUAAACAUUGAGAUGAAUAAAUGCAGUGUAUUCAUAGGGCACAUUCAGUAAAAUAACAGUGAGUACCCAGAAUCUGGAGACUGAAAGGGCUAAAAUUUUAUUAUUGUAUUAAAUGAAAGUAUGAAAAGACAUCAAGAUAUGUAGAUCACAAUUAUAGCUAUUGAGAUUUAAUCACUCAAACAAACAGCCUACAGUAAAUAGGCAAAACAAUUCUCCAGAUCUGUGUAGACUUUAGAAUUAACAUGAAUUAAACCUUUUCAAUCAGUUCUUUUGGCAAGUCAGAUGUGUAAAUAACACAUAUUAAACAAAAUUUCUUUAUUAUUUUUAUUCUCUGUUAAGUUACUGUCCUCAUUAAAUUCCCCCUCUUUUGUACAAAUCAUCUGGACAAGAGAAAACGACAGGAGAGGUUAUUUCUGUUUUCUGCCAUGAGGCAGCUAGCAACUUAACAUUAUCAUUUUGCUUGCUCAUUUAAAUGGAAUAACAAUCAGAUGAGGUUUAGAAUUAAUGAUUAAUUGUACAUUUUGGACUAAAUGUGUUUUUUCUUCUUUUGGAUGUACAACUAAAUUCUGAUUCCAGAGGUGAGCGGGAUGAAAAAUCUCUUUUCAUCAUUUUCACAGAGCUUCAUAAUGAAAUACAAGUUGAUCUUUAAGCAACCAUGCAACCAAUACUGUACUUUAUAAAAACGAAAUUGAAUAUUUCACAGAAUUCAUCUUCUCUAUAGAGUGAAAAUAUCUGUUCAGUUACCUGUAAGGAGGAUUUCAACAGUAUUAUUUAUUAAUUGUAUUUGAAUAUGUUGACAUGGUACAAACAUUUAGAGUGUAAUGGUGAGAUGGAAAUUGGUAACUUUGUUACUCAGUAAAUACAAUGAAAUAUCCAAUGGCUGACAAAGAUUUGCUAGCUCAUGUUUUUAAAAACACGCAUGUUCUAGCAUAAACAAUAAAGAUGGAUGAGAAUUAA